AACUAAUCGAUCCCUCCAUGCUAAAUUGGGGCUUUCAAUUUUGAAGCCGCCGAGGUAUUCGUUUAUUUAAAACGUAAUUCUCAAUCCUUUCAAUUUCGUUUAUUUCUUUGAUACAAUUCGAUCUAUGCAAAAUAUUGAAUUGAGGUUCAAGAAAUCGCAAUUUUAAGGUCAACCCUAAUCGAAACCGCACGUUGGAUAUUGCCCAAUAGCUGGUGAGGGAUAGCCAUUGAAAUCUCAAGAUGCCGGCUACAGCAGGUAGGGUUCGCAUGCCUGCGAACAAUAGGGUUCACAGCAGUGCAGCCCUUCAAACCCAUGGCAUAUGGCAAAGUGCCAUUGGCUACGACCCUUAUGCACCCAAUAAGGAAGACAAGAAGGAUUCUUCACAAAAUCUGCCCAAUGCAGAACCUGAUGCUGAGAAUGCAUAUGCCAGCUUCCAGGGGCUUCUUCAGCUUGCUAAGAUAACAAAUGCUGAUGUGGAUGUAUCCCGUGGGGCCUGUAAGAAGUGUGGCCGUGUUGGGCACCUCAAGUUUCAGUGCAAGAACUAUGUGAAAAUCAAGGAUGAAAAUGAGGAGAAGGAUCCUGAGGCAAUGCUGCCUGUGGGGUUGGUAGGAUUGGAUAAAAAGUUGAAGGCUGAGAAGGUGGAUAGGAGAAGCAAUGGUGAGAGCUCUGAAGAAGAGGAGGAGGAGGAGGAUAGUGAGAGUUCAGAUUCUGAGAUUGAUUCGGAGAUUGAGAAAAUUAUUGCUGAACGGUCUGGGAAAAAAAUCAGUGGGAAGGGAGGUUCUUCUAGAAAGAAAGGGGAUUUGGAUGAUGGUGGGUCUGGUGAUGAUUCUGGCAAGAAGAGGAGAAAGAGAGGUAGGGCAAAGAAAAGGAGUACUAAGAGGGAUGUGAGUGAUUCAGAUGAUUCAAGUGAAAGGAGAAGGAGAAGGAAGAGAAGGAGGGAGCUCAGAAGGAAGAGAGACAAGUCUCCGGAUGAAGAUGAUGAGUAUAGGCACAGGCGAAGAAAGAGUAGGAAGGAGAAGAGGAGAAGGAGAAGCCGUCUAUCAGAUUCUGAUUCUGAAUCAUCUGAAGAUUCCAUUAGACGGCACAAGCGAAAGAGCAAGAGGGCGUCAUCAUCAUCUGACACUGAUUCAAGUGGAUAUAAUGAUUCAAGGAAGGGUAGGGAUGUCAACAAAUCAGAAAAGAGGAGGAGGCGCCACCAUGGGGAUGAUGAAUAAAGAUCAGCACAGUACUCAAUGUUAUGCCCCUUGAUGAUUCUAAAUUUCCAUGUAUCAUUUACUUAUAUGCUUGUUUAAGUAUUGUACUUUCCUUUGCUUGAGUUUCAGAGUUCGAAUGUUCAAUGACUCUGAUAAUCCUGACUUGUACUCUUAUUUUAGAUUAAAUACUUUUAAUAUAUGAUGUUAUUCUAUAGCCU